CCCAAUUUGGAAUCACCACUUGUUCACUGUCCACUCCACUGUUGGGAAGCAACCGUGCCUCAACCACCCAUUCACCGCUUCUUCCCCCCAUCUCUUGUUCCAGCUACUCGUCUCUCUACCGUUCUACAUUGCCUCUUCACCUUCCCGGCAAGCCUGUGAUUCACUUGAACGAUUGAUUACCGGCAUGUAAUACCUCUGCAGUCGCUGCUGUCUGGCUUGGACCCAACUCCAUCCCAACUUAACCUCCCAUCUUCGCAUAUCAUAGCAUUCUCCCCGGAGUAUGCCAUCGCCAUUCUUUUCAUCAGUCUCUCAGAAGCAGCACCUUGGGUUCCAGUCACCACGACGAGAUUUCAAACGAAUGUCGCCCAUCAUGCCAUCGGUCGUCAAAUUCAAUAUCCCGGCGUCUGCGCGCUCGUUCCACCCCUUCUCGAGGCUGCCCCCCGAGAUCCGCUCCCAGAUUUGGGAGCACGCGAUCCUCGAUCCCGGCAUGCAUUUUCUCCGUCUCAAGACUGCUGCUCGCGUCGCGCACAUACCAUCACCGCUGAUGACCUUCCCUAUCGACGACGAUGACGAUGGGGAACGGUCCGACCCUCUUCUUGACUUCAGCCGAGAAUCACUGCCCUCGGCGCUCUGGCCCGCCACCCUGGAGCCCCAAUACCCGACACCUCAAGCCAAUCUUUCCAACUACGUUACCCUCAACCGAACCCUCUCCAAGUUGUCGGUCACCUGUUUCGAGGCAUCGACUGUCGUUCGACGUCUGAUCAACCAGCCUGGGGGCGUCAAGUUGAACGGCGGUCGGGUUGUGUCGCUGGCCUCGUCGUCCGACGUGGUGUGCUUGGAGUACCUGUCCGCCGACAACUUCCGCAGUUGGUGUCGUAUGGCUUUGGACAUUGAAUGCCAAGAACUUGCCAACAUACGCCAUGUGGCCAUACCAUACUGCCAUGGCUGGGAGGCCGCAGGCACCGCCUUUCGCUGCAGCCACUGUGGCAGCCAGCAUGGCUCGCGUGUGAGGAAAGUCUAUCCCGUCCACCUAUACGAGUUCCUUGCACGUCACCUGCCGAAUCUCGAGACCUUUUACUUCAUCGACUAUCUAAUCGUAAAGAGAUCUCUGGGGGUCAACUCGACGGACGAAGCCCUUCAAGAAACCGACCCGAUAACGCCCGGUGUCCCGACCCCGGCCCCAGAACACCGGGCUGACAAGUCCGACAAGCGCAAAAAGGAGGACGCCCUUGAUGGGAACCCGUCACCAGACAAGACGGUCGAUCCGGCCAAGGCCUCCAAUGCUGGCACCGUCGCCGCAAUCCUUGAAGCAGACCAGGUCAGCCCGAACAGCAAUACCAAACGCUUGGGAAAGACUUUCAGGAGCGAAGGCAGAAUCUUUCGAGAACUUGAGGAGGAUGAGUGUAAUGUCAAGUCUAGUGUUAUCGACACCCUGUCCUGGAUUCAAAAAAGGUUCAUGAUAUACGCCACCGGCAGCAAGCUCAGCAAACACGCGCAUCCCGACAAGGUCAAGUUCAAGGUGUUGGCCUGCGAAUGGAUCGACAAGGACUCGGGGAUACUCCCAAGGCUGAAAAGGGCAGCCCCCGUGAUUAGGAAGCAUGUCAACAAGAGAUUGCGACCCUUGCCGGAGAGAUCACCUCGAAGGAGACUACUGUCGGCGAAGCCAGGCGCGACGCCCUUGUCGCCACGGCCAUCCGUGACGGCAUCUCCAGUUUUGAAAAAUAAGUUCGAAUUCGUUUUUGGACAAGAGAGCGAUAGUGCCUUCGAGUUUAGCACGGAAACCGAGCCUUGAUGUCGGGAAAGGAUGUGAAAGACGGCCGUGGCAGGGUGUUGAGGACUCACACGCCUUUGGAGGAAGGGGGCGCGUUGCGACUGGCAGCCUUGUAGUAUCCAGACACUCUCCUACGACGGGGAAGAACACCCGCAAUACCCUAGCAAGAACAUGAAUUAUUAAUGACAAGACGUCGGUCUCAGGCUACCUGUAUCAGUGUUUGCCAAGCCAGAGAGUUUCGGAUCCAAGAAUUGUUAGCCUUCGGGGCGAGAGUCGAAUUAAUUCUCCGCGCGUUGGAAAGUCUAGACCCAUCCAAAGAUGCGCCACGGGCGGUGCAGCACCAGUAUUGCCAGAUGACAGACAGGGUGAUGUCACGACCUUGCUGUACUGCGUGCUGCACGCGCCGCCGCUCUCUGGCUCGCCCUGAACGAUCCUCCAUCUGUCUUUCCGUUGCCUCGCCAGGGUAGAUGCAAAGAUGGGGUCGAAAGAGGAAGCAUUAUCAGUCAGACGCGCAAUCGGGAUACAAGCGAGGCCUAGACCGGGUCUUCUUUUGAAUGAUUUCCCCAGGCUCCCUAGCGGGCCACAGCGGAAGAUCGUCGCCGAUCCUCCUUGGUUUGGGAUUUUUGCUGCCCCCCUCCCCCCCUGGCUGGGCUGACGGCCUCCAGGGUCCCACCAUCAGGAGUGAGGAUGGCAGAUUGGCCGACUUGGAUGGGAGUUUCCUUCCCGGAGUUCGGUUACACAAGUGUGUUUCUGGGUGUGUUCUCUGCAUGGUCAUGGAAGAGUUCUCCGAAGGAAUGCUGCUUGAAUCCACCCAUCACCAACAGCGAGCCACUCACUACCAGAUGACCCCAAAUACAGCAUAGCGAGAGCAAACCUUGGCCCAUUGAGUCUCAGAGUACCCAGCAGCAAGCCCUAAGCAGAUGAAAUAAACGAGCCGCGUACGUCACUCUCGAGACAUAGACUGGCGUGCAAGGAAAAACAAAACGAAACACUUCAGCUGGCUUUUGUGUUGCGAACCAUCGUCAAAAGUCAGCAACAGGGGCGCAGGAAGUCUAGACCGCUCCACCAUCAUUCCCCAGAGAACCUCCCCCCCUCCCCCCUGAUUCUCUUUGGGGAUGUGGGUGCCUGCAUUGCAAACACACCAUGCACACAUCUUCUUUCCGUAGUCCCUUGACGUCAUUGCCCAAAGUCUGCCACAUCCCACUUGGCGGGACGGUCUGGGCCGGGCUUUUUCUCUUUCGUCCCUCGAGACCACAGGGCAGAUAGGAUCCCUCGGGGCCACGAGAUUUCAGCGGUUGCAGGAAACCAUCGCUUGGCCAGAUUGCCUAUGCUCGGCGCCCCGCGGUUCCUCAAAGUACCGCUCCCUGGUGUUCUAGACCGCCGAUGCAUCU